CAACCACUCAGUCUAUUAGAACUCUUAACCAACACUGAACCAUCACAAUGAAGUGGCAGACACUCGUCUUUAACCUCCUCAGCUCUAUCACCCUCGCGACUCCAGUAUACGUGGAGCCCUCAGCUCCCUCUCCUGUUUACACCCUUCGUAUUUCCGGGUACGUCAAAUUCCACAAUUCACACCUCGCACCUCACACCUCGCACCUCAUACCUCGCUCCCCCUUGGAAGUAUCUCUUGACCCCAACCUUAUUUUUACCUCAACUAACACUCCACCCUCCACCCCUUCCAGCGGCGGCCCAGACCUAGACGCCCACUAUCUCAGCGCCUCCGGCUCCGUCAUCGGGGUCUUCCCCGACACAGACAACAAUCCCAUCAAGUUCUACGCCGUACCCAACAAAGACACCGGGCUCGUCGAGCUGCACAACUGGGCCGGCAUUCCUUCCCCCGGCUCGCCUAACACCUCAAAGACCAAAGCGAUCGCUUUGGUGGGCAAUGCCCGCACGGGAUUGAUGGACCUGACAAGCGUGGAGGAUCCGGCGGUCAUCUGUGGUGACAGCAAUGGCCUCGACUGCGAGUGGACGAGCUUUACGCUUAACCAAGGCGCGCCGAUCGAGGGUAGGCCGGCCAACACUGUGACUUAUGCGGGGCCGGGCGGGUGGGUGGCGUUUAAGAGUUCGAAGGCGGAAAGGGGUGGGUGGGUUGUUAGGUGGAAGUAUCUUGCUGACGAUGAGAUGAAACGAGCAGCCCAGGCUACCACCACUCAGGACUUUGUGCCGGUUGAUCUUGUGUAUGAACCCAUCUUCACCAUUGCGGAUACGGCGGAGUAA